AUGCGGGGGUUCACUCUUUUCCUUCCAGAAACACAUCAGCACUUCGAGUUUGGAUUUUUUAGUUCAACGUAUCAGAGUGUGCUUUCGAUGCUUUCUGUCAGUGGCCGAGUCUCUAUCGGAUAUCUAGGAACCGAGCCCAAUUUGUAUAAGUUCGGAGUGCCAAUAAAUGCUUGUGGUUUUUCAGCAACGGCAUUUGUUUCGCUUCGCCUUCCAUUCGCUAUGAUGUUCGCCGAGGCUUCUCCAGAGCGAAACGCUUCAUACAAACUCACACUGGACUCUGAUCACCCGUGUUUAGCGCUCAAUUCACUCUUUCCUGAAUUUCAAACGGAAAAUCCGACAUCAAUUGGUUUUCGAGUCCACGGGUACGACGCCACUGUGUCUAUUUUUGCAGCCCACAAAUCAAAUCGCUACAGGGUUCAAACAGAUCAACCACUACUGCUGAAUGUGGUCGUUCGUGAACUCGUUGAACGAAUACGAUUACAACAACCCAAUGCACAUUUGCAUGCCAAUAUUCCGAUGGGUUAUAUAUCUGCCAAGCUUGAGGAACUCAUGGAGUUGGAGGCGAAAAACGAAGCUGGAAAGAAAGUGAUUGGAGAGCGAUCACGAGAAAUGCGAGCAAUCGAAGCCCUGAUCCUUAGUAAGACCAGGAACACCAAACCUGGAACCUUUGAACACAUUGAUUUGCUUUACAGUGAAGCCCACGAUCAAGUAAGUGUCAAAAUUGAGGAAAUGCAGCUAACACUCGCUUCAUUGUUCGACCUCGUCGCACUUUUGAUGCAUCUUGGUGGAUCAGAAAUCAGUCUCAACGGCAACUUCAUAACUGAUACAGAGCAGUCACUAGAAGAUCGACUAUCAUGGGCAUCUCACGUUUCCAAUGAUCCUACUCGUGCCAUUGCGGUUCUUUGCCAACAUACAGAGAAAGAGCUUCCACAAAUCAAGGAAGAAACUGAAGAAGAUGCAGAUGACUUUGAUACGUUUCAUACGGGAGAAAUUAAACUUUGA